AUGUACCAUUCAGCCUAUUUGGCAGAGCUACACGACUUCUUUUAUGAUUCAUUCGACAGCUCAAAUGGAGAUGCGAACACUUAUCUGGAUGCAUACAAAGAAAUGCGAGCCGGACGUCCCUUGAACGGCCCAGAGGACGAAUUUAUUUUUGUUGAUAUCGCCUGCGGCACCGGCCGUGUCUUUAGGGAGCUCGCGAACAACCUAGUGCAAUGUGGUGAACCCUCAGACAGCACACAGUUCAUUGGACUAGACUACUCGGCUCACAUGCUCAAGCGUGCGAUCGAACAGAUGCCAGAAUCCUUGUCGCACAGCAUCAAAUAUGUCCAGGGCUCUGCAAUGGAGCUUUCAGCGAUGAAAGAGUUUCAAGGCCCGCCUACCGUCGACCUCAUGAUAAUUUCAGGUGGCAGCAUCACUACACUAGGGGGGGGAGCCGAAACAGCGAAAAUGAUGGAGCAAAUGACGGAGAACCCGUUCUCCCAGGAUACUAAGAGUGUAUUGUUCCCUGGGAUUUUGUACCGCCCUGGUCAAGAAAAUUGCCGACAGGAGGGUAACCUCCUCUAUUGGGAUAUACCAGUGGAGGUGAUCAAGAAAGAUGAGAAAGGAGUUGAAAGUGUGAUCGAGAAGGACGUGGCUUCAGUGGGUGGACGUGUUUGGCAGGAUGGCGAAGUGCCACUGCUGGCGGCGGCGGCGGGGUUGGAACUUGUUGAGACGCGCUUUAACAGCAAUGAAACCGCGUACGUAUUGAAGAAAGCCUAG